AUUUUCUUACCUUUUUGAAGUUCGAAACCCUCGUCCCCCAUGCCUUUACCCCUAAAAGACUUUACCUUUUUGGUCCCAAUUUCUGAUACCCACCGUGAAACCCUAAAGAUGGCCUCCGACGACGACGAGAAGUCGCUGGGUUCGUUGAUCCGCAACAAGAAGAAACAAAAUGGGAAUGGAGCAGCGGCAAUAGCCAAGCCGAAGGUGAAGAAAGAAGAGCUCGAUAACGGUUCUGAUAGCCCAAAGCCCAAGCCCAGAAACCCAAUUGUGAAAAAGCAAGAGAAGCAGAACCAAAGCGAUGAUGAAGAUGAGAAGCCAAUUGGUCGCACGAAGCCCAGAAAAGCCCCAGUUAAGAAGGAAGACAAGGACGAUGAUAGCGAUGACGAUAAGCCCCUAGCUAAGAAAAGCUCCAAUUCUAAGGCCGAUAAGAAUGUGAAGAGAAAGAGAGAAGAGGCGGCGGCGGCGGCGACACCGGAGAAGAAGAGGAGGGAGAAGAAGGUGUAUGAUUUGCCUGGUCAGAAGAGAGACGCUCCUGAAGAGAGAGACCCACUUCGGAUUUUUUACGAGACGCUUUAUGAGCAGCUUCCCAAUAGCGAAAUGGCACAGGUCUGGCUGAUGGAGUCAGGUUUGCUACCUAAAGAGGAGGCAAAGAAAGUGUUUGAGAAGAAGCAGAAUAGUCGUCACCUUCAAAAAAUCAGUUCUCCAAUUAAAGCUUUAGCUUCUGGAAGGAAGACCACAACAGUCAGUACUACAAGUAGAGGUGGAUCUUCUGUAAAGAAGACCACAACAUCAGUUACUGUCAAGAAAAAGACAACAUCAACCCCGGUUUCCUCAAAUAAAAAGAAGCCAACACCAGCCUCCAAGGGCGCAUCAAAUCUGUCUAAGAAGCGGAAGAAAGAUGAUGAAAGCUCAGACAGCGAGUCUGAUGAUGACUUUGUGAUAUCCGAGAGACCAAAGAAAAGGCAGGCAGCUUAGUUUUAUUUCUCAUUAACCAAUUGUAGCCAUUCACCUUUGUUAUGCUACUUUGUGUAUUCUGAUGACAUGAUUUACUCAUUAAAGUGUUACCAAACCUACUGAUUCAUCUUAUGGUAAUGUUGUUUCAAGAACUAUAAGGUUA